AUGCCUUUCUGCAAGAGGACGACACUUCCCAAAGAUGUGUGCAAGCCCGGCCGCGGAGGGCUGCGGCUGCGGGAGGCGCGUCCGCGGCAGCCGCCGGAGGUUUUCGGGGACCUGGCGGACGUGGUCGGCUUCUCCCUGUGCUCGGUGCUGCGGCAGCUGUCCGACCUGUCCCGGCACUCGGUGAGCAUCCUGGAGGAGCUGGAGGGGGAGCUGGUGUCCGUGUGCCACCGGUCCGGCGCGCUGGAGGGCAGGCUGGUCCGGCUGCAGAGGAGCGUCGCGGAGCUGCUCAGCAAGCCUCCGCCGAGAGCCACAAGCGGUCUCGAGGCGGAGGGCGGCAGGCGCGGCGGCAGCAGCAGCAGCCACGGUGAUGGCAGCCACAGCGGCGGCGGCGGAGGAGGCAGCAGCAGCAGCAGCAGCGGCGGCGGCGGCGGAGCGGCCCACUUCAAGUCUCCAUGGCAACAGAGCGUGAACGUGUUCGGCUCGUGGAGCAGGCCGGACUGUGUCGAGGAGCUGCACCAGCAGGCGCAGCUCAACCUCCAGAGCCUGCUGCAAGACUUUGAGGAGCAGUUGUACGACACCAAGCUGACCGGUCAGACGUUCCGGCAUCCGUCCUCGCAGAGCUCUGACGACACGUCCACCUCGCUCAGCCGAUCGCCCGUCUCCCUCAACAACAAGAGACCCGACUUCAUCUUCCUGCCGGCGUCCAAACAGCUUUACGAAGAUGAAACCUCCUCCUCUGUGUUCGGACUGAGGUCAGCGACCGACCCGUCCCCCUCCCCGACCCCGUCCCCCUGCGGCUCAGAUCGCCCUCCUCUGGGCUGGAGUAGUAACAACAGUAGCAGCAGCACCGCCACGUCGGCGAACACCGGGCCGCCCAUCGCAGAGAAACCCCGCUGGCACCUGGGGAGACGCGCGCCGGCACACUUCUUACCACACGACAUCACAGGUGAGGGAGGAGGAGGAGGAGGGAAAUUCCACGGCGUCGACCUCCUCCAGCACUCCCCGUCCCCGUCCCCGUCUCCAGGGGACCCCUUCCCCCACCAGCCCCACUCCCUGGAGCCUGUCACGGACACCCCCCACCAGAGCCUCCCCCUGAGGAAGACGCACUCUGACCUCGACACUACCUUACCUGCAGAUAAAGCUGUAGAGCAUCGUGUCUCAAACCAACUUCACCCAGGCACUAUGGACCACUCUGGUCUGCUGUGCUCAAACACACCCUCCGCUUCCUGGAACGGACCGAAGGGCUCCACCUUUUCUCCCGGGGCGUGGAACGAGCCUUACAACUACAGCAUGAGCAAAGGCCCGGCGGUGCCCCCCAAACAGCACAGCAUCAUCGGCCAUGCCGGUAGAGGGCUGCAGGACGGCGUGAUGCUGGUGAGCUCGGGACAGUCGAUGAGCUCGCACGGCAGCUCGUUCACGUCUGUGACGGACUCUUCGGGGAGAGGAGGGAAUAUCGUGCCGGGGAUUUCACUGGUAACGCCGUCGAUGGGGAAGCGGAGCGAGACGGAAGGAGCCGCGGCGGACGGAGGGAGACGAGGUGGGGGAGGGGGAGUUGGGGAGGCGGGGAGAGGGAGGGAGAGGUCAGCCCGUUCCAUAGCAGCACAGAAAGCCUUCAAGUUCCGGGAGCGUUCCCUUUCCACACCCACAGAAUCUGGCUCCUUCAGCUUUACCGAGGGUGGUGUGGGCCAGCCAGAUGGGAACAUUAUGUCCACUGGGAAUGGAAACGCUUUGGCAAUAACAGACCACCAACAACAGCAUCACCACUUCCUCGGUUUGAGCGAGAACUACGCUCUCCUCUACCCUAGAGGCAGCUCCGAAGACAGUGCCAGUACCACUGAUACGAUAUCUGUCACGGCUUCGGACUACAGCGCAGACGGCCGCUUGCGCCUACGCUCCCGCUCCAUCUCGCUUAAGAAGUCCAAGCGCAAGCCACCGCCUCCAGUGAGGAGCGUCUCUUUAAUGAAGAAUCUCGGAGAAGCCGAGGGAAGAAUCCACCAUGACGGUGGCCUUUAUCGGGAUGGACGCCCGAAGAGCUUGCAUAUCCCGAGGGAUCACUUCCCAGACUUCCAGCCUGAUUUCCUCCUGCCCAGCUCCUCCUGCUCCUCUAGACCCAAUGUUAGUGAGAGGGAGCUGGGACAUGGAGGCAGCGAUGGACCCCCAAGCCUGGAGGUUCAGCCACCAGAGAGGGAGGGAGAGACGGAACUGACCUUCCCCACUCACUGGCAGCUCGGGGACUGGAAGAGUGACCCCUACAGGUCUCUAUCAGGCUCCAGCACAGCGACUGGUACCACAGUGAUUGAAUGUAUGAAAGUCAGAAGCAGCUCUGAGUCACUUCUCGACUCUCCCUCCACCUCCAGAGGCACCUCGCCCUCGCAGCUCUCCAUGGAAACUGAAGUCAAGGCGUCCUCACCCUUCAAACCCCCGGGACUUAUGUCACCAUCAAGUGGCUAUUCCAGCCAGUCAGAGACUCCCACUCCGACUGUUCCACUCAGCCAUGUGGCAGGUCAGGGGACACUCGGGACGUUGGGGUGUAAGAUGCGCCCGAAGAUUCCAGAAAGGAAAUCGUCACUUCCUUCACCCAAGGACCCAUCUGCAAGAUCUCGAUUGUCCUUUGAGAUGCCCGGGAAUGCACAUCUGGAGCUGUGUUCAAUCAAGCCGAAGCAAAAGGCCAGUAGACGGCAUUCUGACACCUCCACAGCAGCUAAACCAGGGAAAGUCAGUCCGAGCUCUUCACACGCUUUGCCUGUUGUUACCCAGAACGAGCUGAAGACUAUUCGGCUUCGCUCUGUCUCUCGGGGAGACCUCGAGGACUGUCCCGAUGGUGCGUCUGACACCAUUGAAGAAGAGCAGCAUGGCAGAGACUUCUGUGAAUUCCCCAGCCCUCCGCCCACUCUACCAAAACCCAAACCACCUGUCGCUGUCAAGCCCCCUUUGCCUAAGCGACCCAUAAACCUCCUCAUCAAGUCUCCUUCCCCCUCCUCUACGUCCCCUCUUGCCCUUGACUCACCACCCGGCUCACCCGUGGACCGGCCUGUGCCCUUGGGCAACAUCUACAAAGUCAUGAGAAAACCCAAACCCAAAAAACCUCCUCCUCAAACUUUAUCAAGUCCUUCUGGUCUCCCAGAUUCAAAUUUCACCGCCAACUCACAAACUGGUUAUGAUCAUCCAUUCCUCCCCCACUCCCACUCCCUCUUUGAUCUCCCUCCGCUCCCAGAUCCUCAGCCUCUCCUGGAGGACCCAGCGUUAGAGCCUGAAUUUGAAUCCGACCACGAGAUCCGGCUUGGGCCUGAAGAUGGAGGUUCACUCCCUUCUCCAUGCAGUAAUCAGGAGGCCCAGGAUCUCCCGGACAAGAGCAAGACACUCCCCUCGAGAAUGACAAUCUCCUGUCUGGCAGAGCUGUCAGACAAAAAGAAACCCAAGGUUCCUCCUCCAGUCCCCAAGAAGCCCAGUGUUCUGCUUCUUCCCACGUCGGUCCACUCCUCCACGAAUGGCAGCGCCGAUCGACAGACGCCGCAGGCCGACAGCCCCGUGGGCCUUCGCUCUCCAGUUGGAGCCUUCCCACCAGACGAUCUUCCCAGCGCUCCCUGUGUUCCAGAUAUGCCAGAGCUAGAUGAGAACCACUUGGAACCAGACGAGGAGAGUUCUAAAGAGUCGUCGCUUCAGUCAAUUCUGCAGGAUUCCUCUUUCACUGAGCUCGAGGGGAAGAUGGCCAGCACUGGGAUCGGGGCAGAUGACUCCGAUGAGAAGACUGUGCUCCACAUUGCCGAGGAGGCAGAUGACGACCUGCCGGCCACACCGACAACACACACCACCGAAGACCUUUUCACUAUAAUACACAGGUCCAAGCGAAGGGUUCUGGGUCGCAAGGAGCCGACCGACUCCUUUGGCAGCCGACAGAGCCUGGUAUCCCCCGUGAAGCACAGCGCCGGUAGCACCGAACUCCGGACCAUGACCUUAGGCAGCAGUCAGAGGUCAAGCUCCCGCAAUGACAACUUCAUGGCCCUGCUUCAGAAGAAAGGCAGCAAGUCUUCCAGCGGAGGGGCCAGAGUUUCCGCCAUGGAGCUUCUCAAAAGCACAAACCCUCUGGCACGACGGGUCACCGAGUUCUCAACCAACACAUCGACGUCCGCGGAGGGAGAAGAGGCAGCACCUGGGAACGGCAAACCCAACGACCAGUGAAUGGAAGUAUCAUGAGUGUGAACCAGGUCCGUUUGCUGAUGACAAAGCUACUAAACAAUUCUACAGAUGGGACCCUCUGACCAACCAGAUCGCUCCAACUACUGAUCGACCAUUUGCACUGUCCAAUCAAAAUGGAGCACAGUUUUGGACAAAAUGGUCCCUUCCAUGGUUGGAGCGCUAUAGUCAUCUGUCAAACCGGUUCCCUAUUGGAAAGAGAGGAAGUUGUGGAGAACGAUACAGGUUCUCACAAUAUUGAAAAGGUGGCGGCUAUGAGGCUGUGCCUCAACAUGUGCACCCUGUUUUCCUCACGGAGUUUCUUCAGUGUGGAGGUCGGAUGGAUUAAUGAGUGCGUGGAGCAGACGCCGGGGAUUAUGUGGUUCUACAGUGGAUCUAUUUACUCCUGGCUCCUUCUGGAUGACGACAACAAGAGUCCCUGAUGAAGACAGUGGUUAAUGAAUCUUUAACCAGUCGUACUGAUCCGCAGAUGAUCAGUAAUGAAAUAUAUCCAAGAAACAAAUGGAAUAACAUACAGAAGACUUUCAAAUUCUUCUUCUUGGAACUUGAACUUUCCAGCCAGUAGCACCACAGCACCGACACCUGUAGACUUACAUGAAACGAAGGGUAAAUUCCUCGCGGCGUGACGAGGCACCUGAGAAAGCAAACGUUCUCGACACCUUGGACAUCACGGCUCCUCUCUACGGUAAAAUCACUGCUGUAGCAGCGCUGUCGUUUUCACUAGAGAAGAUGAAGCGGAGGAUUUACAAAGAGAGACCACAAGGGGGCUUUUCGCCACCGAAGAUGAGGCAUGAGCAUGUCACACGUUUUGUUCCUCGUGCUCUGAACCUGGAUGUGGACCUUCACGAAACAUUCCACAGAGGCAAAUGGACGCAAGCACUUUUUUUCUUCUCUUUAGCGUUGGAGCUCGUUUACACGGUGCAGCCUUUGCAUCGCUGCGUUUUCUUCUUGAGAUCCUCGUCAAUCAUUAUUUUUUAAGUCUUUGUUUAGAUUUUUGGUUUUUUUUGCAUAUAUUUUUUUUUGCUAGAUGGCCAUAAACUGUACAUGUUCGGUUGGAUUGUACUUUAUGUAUCGUGUACAAAGAUCAGAGUCGCUCAUCUAUCAGUCAUUUGCAUUCAAAGAUAAUGUACAGACAGAGCAGCCAACAGCUUGGACUACAAACUGCCCACGGAGAGAAAACACACACAGACUCAAGAGGAACGCCUCGGAGAUCUACACAAGUGUGUGUCUGUACGAGUGUGUGUGUUUGUACGAGAGUGUGUGCAGAUGAAAUCAUGCCUGUUGAUUUUCUGGACGGAGAGCAUGACGCAGGCCUGGUUAUUCAACAGGGUUUUUAUUCAUUUUUUGGUCUCUGGUGACGGGACCAAAGGACUGUUAAAAAACUACAAACAGACCAGAGGGGACCGAGUUGUGCAUAUGUGUGUGUCUGCACUCGUCUUUGUGUGUCUGUGUGUGUGUGUGUGUGUGUGUAGAGGGAAAUGCCAAGAACAAAGAGGGAGACACAGAGGGAGGGAGUGCAUGAACGUAUGUCUCCAACAUGUGUGCAUAUUCUGGCUUGUGUGUGUUUGUGUGUUUGUCAUCACGCAGUCACCCCCCCCCCUCUUCCACCUAAUCUUUGCAUUCUGGAACGUAGACCUGUCUUAAUGGAGGCUGGGCCAUUUCCUGCGUCCUUCAGUUCCCGAGCACCGAAUGGUCCAGCGGUUGAAUCCUAUCUCAGGAUUCACUGCUGACCGGUGAUGGAGAUAACGAGCUCGGUAUCCGGUCGGCUGAGCUGCAGUAAGUGCAGCGGCUCAAAGUAACGAUGCAACGGACAAGUUGGAAAUUCCUCGUAGACCAUAGCAUCUUAUUCCAGUUCGGCCCUCGUCUUCUAAGACUUUGAAUUGGGACACAGUUUGUGAUCCAGACCCCAGAAGGGAAUCAAUCGGAUGAUGAUGGAAGCAGAAGCUUUGAUUGGCUGAAUGACGAAGUCCUGUGACUUUAGUCAGACAUUUUGUGAGACCUGUUGAAAAGUCCAUCCGUCUGUCUCCAGUUCCAGAGUGAUGUCACGGGGCCGGGUCGUUCCUUUUUGUUUUGUCCUCUGUGCACAUUAACAUCCUCCGUCUCUAUCGUCUCAGAGGGGAGACGACGGCCUGCGCCGCCCUCCUCCUCCUCCACCUCCUCCACCUCCUCGCCGCUCGCUCCUCGCCUCCUUUCAUCACUGCUGGUGCCUCUCUGCAAUUAGCAUCAUCUCUCUCUUUCCCUCCUGCGACCUCCCUGGCACAUCGCACGCUCUCUUUCUUCGCUGACAAAUAGCAACUCUCUGUAGCGCCGCCUCCAUUUUCUAAAUCCUUAUCUUCCUCUCCCC